AUGUCGAGUUCUUCAGACUCGGACGAGCCUCCGAAACACGAGGAGGCCUCCCUCAGUAGCGACAACGAAACGAAACAGGCGAAGAGCAGCACCGACAAGAAGAAGAAGUCGAAAGGCAAACACAGCAAGAACAAGGACAAGAAGAAGGGAAAGUCUUCAUCGGAUGAAGAGUCGUCCGAUCACGACGACGAGAAUCCGCAAGACAAAACGGCAGCUAGGAGCGCUAAAUUCACGACCAGGGUUGACGAGGUUCUUGCGGGCAUGGGCGCUGGCAACACCCGCGACGGCCUUACUGACGAAGAAGCUGCGAAACGACUACUCGAGUUCGGCCCUAACGCGCUGCCAACCAAGAAGGAGAGUCUCAUCCUCAAGUUUUUGUACUUCUUCUGGAAUCCUCUUUCCUGGGCGAUGGAGUUUGCGGCCCUCCUUUCUUUCGUGCUGGUCGACUACGUGGACGGCAUUCUGAUCACCGCGCUCCUCCUCCUCAACGCCUGCAUCGGUUUCUAUGAGGACUACUCGUCCGGCAAUGCCGUGGCCGCGCUGCAGAGCGCGCUCGCCCCGACUUGCAAGUGCCUGCGUAACGGCGAGGUCGUGGCCGGCACGGCGUCCGUCGGCCUCGUGCCCGGCGACGUGGUGCUGCUGCGUCUGGGUGACGUGGUUCCGGCCGAUUGCUUCAUCCUCGACGACGGCGACUCCCUCAAGAUCGAUCAGUCCUCCCUCACCGGCGAGUCCAUUCCCGUGGAUCGCUUCCCCGGUGACGAGAUCUAUUCGGGUUCUAUUGUCAAACAGGGUGAGAUGAAGGCCAUCGUGCACGCGACGGGCCUGAGCACGUUCUUCGGUAAGGCCGCUGACCUGGUGAACCGCUCGGAGAAGAAGUCGCACAUCCACCUGGUCCUGAAGUCGAUCGCCUACUUCUGCAUCAUCUUCAUCAUGGUCGGCGUGGUGGCCGAGCUCAUCACCCAGUUCGCCAUCCGCGACAAGCCCUGUACCGGUGUGUCCGACGGCGACUGCGCGCCGCUGAACAACAUCCUGGUGCUCGUGGUCGGCGGUCUGCCGAUUGCCAUGCCCACCGUGCUGUCCGUCACCAUGGCCCUGGGCGCCUCGGCGCUGGCGAAGAAGAAGGCCAUCGUGUCGCGUCUCACCGUCGUGGAGGAGAUCGCCGGCAUGGAGAUCCUGUGUUCCGACAAGACCGGCACCCUCACCAAGAACGAGCUCUCCGUCAAGGACCCCGUGGCCUACGUGGGCGACCUCGCCGACGUCAUCUUCGACGCGGCCCUCGCCGCCAAGCCCGAGAACGGCGACGCGAUCGACAUGGCGAUGGUGGGCUACCUGACCGACGAGCAGAGGGAGCAGCGCAAGAAGUUCAACGUGCUCCACUUCCACCCGUUCGACCCGGUCGGCAAGAAGACCGUGGCCAAGUUGCAGAGCCCCGACGGCGAGAUCUUCCACGCCACCAAGGGCGCGCCGCAGGUGAUCCUCAACCUGUCGGAGAACAAGAAGAAGAUCAAGGACCGCGUCAUGGCCGACAUCGAGACCCUCGGCAAGGCCGGCUACCGAACCCUCGGCGUGGCCAUCUCCGACGAGCACGGCAAGAAGUGGACCAUGACCGGCCUCAUCCCCAUGUUCGAUCCGCCGCGCGACGACACGGCCGACAUGAUCGCUAAGACCGAGGGCCUGGGCGUCGGCGUCAAGAUGAUCACCGGUGACCACCUGACCAUCGCCAAGGAGACGGCCAAGCUGCUGGGCAUGGGCAGCAACAUCUUCCCCGCCGCCUACAUGAAGGACGAGGCCAAGGCCCGCAACGAGACCGGCAUGAGCAUCUACGACAUCGUCUGCGAGGCCGACGGCUUCGCCGAGGUGUUCCCCGAGGACAAGUACACGAUCGUCGAGUACCUGCAGCGCGGCAGCCGCAUCGUCGGCAUGACCGGCGACGGUGUCAACGACGCGCCCGCCCUCAAGAAGGCCAACAUCGGUAUCGCCGUGUCGGGAGCCACCGACGCCGCGCGCGGUGCCUCGGACAUCGUGCUCGCAGAAGAAGGUCUGUCCGUCAUCGUCGACGCCAUCCUCGGUUCCCGCAAGAUUUUCCAGCGCAUGAAGAACUACUGCAUGUACUCGAUCUCAGUGUGCGUGCGUAUCGUGUUGACGUUCGGUAUCCUUACCCUGGCCUACGAUUGGUACUUCCCGACCAUCGGCUGCGUGCUCCUCGCCAUCUUCAACGACGGCUCCAUGUUGACCAUCUCCAAGGACAAAGUCAAGCCUUCAAAGGAGCCCGAGCACUGGAACCUGCUGGAGAUCUUCGGCACGGCCAUCGUCCUGGGCACCUACCUCACCAUCUCGACCAUCGUGCUCUUCCAUCUCGCCGUCUACACCGACAGCUUCGAGCGUUGGUUCGGCCUGCCCCACUUGACCGCCGCCGAAGCCCGCGGCCUCAUCUACCUCCAGGUGUCCGUCUCCGGUCUCUCGACCGUCUUCGUGACGCGUACGCACGGCCUGUCGUGGCUCUUCUGGAGAGAGCGACCCGGUCUCGCUCCCGUGAUUGCCUUCAUCAUCGCCCAGACUGCCGCCACUAUCCUGUGCGCCUACGGUUUGAACGGUUUCCCCGACGACAAGGAGACUGACUUCGAGGGCGCUGGCUGGUGGUAUGUGCUGGUCGGCUGGAUCUGGUGCAUCAUCUGGUUCCCCGUGAUGGACAUCCUCAAGAUCGUCGUCCGCUCCGUCAUGAAGGGCGAGAUCUUCCUGUUCAAGCACAAGCUCUCGCUCCACUUCCAGCUGGUCCACGGCCACCCUUACCACGGCCAAGCUGCGGGCAACGCCCACCCGGACGAGUGGGAGGAGCACGUCGUUACGGCGGGCGACUUGGCCCACAUUCCCCAGCAGCUCAAGUCCAAGAUGAUGGCCAAGUUCAAGCACAGCGAGGACGGCAGCGACGACGAGAGCGCCAAGAACGGCGCCGCCAGCGGAUCGAGCUCCGCGGUGCCGUCCAAGCGCAGCUCCAGCAACAACCUCACCAGGAACAGCGCCUCGGGCCGGAAAGCCAGCGGCCUGAGCAAGAGCCUCAAGCCCGAGGAGAAGAAGCUCAAGAAGCACAGCGACGAGAGCGACGCCACGAGCGACGACUAA